AUUCUUUCGAAACCUGUCGGCAGCUCACCCCUCCACUCACCUCUCUGGUCCCUCGCCUCCCUUCCCCUGCUCCAGCUCGCCGCCGCCGUCCAGCUCGCCGCCAUGGUAUCUUGGAGUGAAGGAUACAGCUCGUCGUCCGACGACUCCCCGGGCCACAUCGACUUCUGCUCCGAGGUCUCCUCCGCCGCGCGCCUCUCCGACUCGGCGCUCAUCCUCGUCGACGCCGUCGAGAGCGUCCACAUCCAGACCCACGCCGCGUUGCGCCAGGCCUUCCUCGAGCGCCUCCGCCCCUGCCUCGUCCUCAACAAGCUCGACCGCCUCAUCACCGAGCUCCACCUCACCCACGCCGAGGCCGAUACGCGCCUGCACCGCAUCCUCGCCGACGUCAACUCCAUCUACUCCGCGCUGCGCUCGCACUCCUACUUCUCCGUCCUCGCGUCCCUCGAGGACCAACCAUCCUCCAGCUCGUCAGCCUCACAGGACGAUCCCCCGGAAGAUGCUGACGACGAUGAGGAGGACGCCUUCCAGCCCCAAAAGGGCAAUGUCGUCUUCGCCUGCGCCCUCGAUGGCUGGGGCUUCCGCAUCCACCACUUCGUAGAGUUGUAUGCCACCAAGCUUGGCGCCAGCGCCUCUGCUUUGCUGAGAGGUGUUGAAUCAAGUGAUGGUGUGAUAACCAUGGAAGAUGGAAGGCAAGGUAUUCUUGUGCGUGGUAGAGCAGAUUUUUUUGAGAGAUUGGGGUUUGUGAGUGGAUCUGAUGCUGAAGCUAACCAUAUUCCUGACAGCAGUAAAUCAUCAGCAGAUACUCCUGAAUCGUUACAUCUAGAAUCUGUGGCACUAUGGAACAGCAUUCUUUCAGGAUUUCAGUUUACCACGAACACAGGGCCUUUAUGUGACGAACCAAUGUGGGAUCUGGCAUUUAUCAUUGAGCCUUACAUAUUUGCUGGCAACUCUGAUGCUGCCCAUCAAUCUGAUCAAUACAACAUCUUCAGUGGCCAAGUAAUAACCGCAGUUAAAGAAGCAUGCCGAGCAGCCGUUCUUCAGAACAACCCAAGGCUUGUCGAAGGCAUGUAUUUCUGUGAAUUGACCACCCCGACUCAGCAACUAGGUUCAACAUAUGCAGUUCUUGGCAGGAGACGAGCGAAGAUUUUAAAAGAAGAAAUGCAAGAAGGGACUUCAGUAUUUAGAGUGCAUGCUUACUUGCAUGUUGCCGAGAGCAUUGGAUUUUCUAGUCAGCUCAGGACAUUAACAUCAGGUGCAGCCAGCGCGCUGCUUGUUUUUAGCCAUUGGGAUGCUAUUCAGGAGGACCCUUUUUUUAUCCCAAAGUCACAGGAGGAGAUUGAAGAAUUUGGAGAUGGGGCAAGCAUUGGGCCAAACUUGGCCAAGAAACUUAUGAAUUCUGUGAGGCGGAGGAAAGGAUUGCACGUUGAAGAGAAAGUUGUGGAGCAUGGCACGAAACAGCGAACUCUCUCUAGGAAAACAUAGCUGUACUUUUUUGUUAGGUAGGGAAACUGUAUCAUUGUCCCCGGUUUGUGCUGGUAAACUGCAAUACAAGACUAUCAAAUAUGGAAUCUAUGUGACCAUAUGGCUUUGAUUGUUUUUCAUAUAUAUUACUGGUAUGUUUUGCUUGAGAAAUUA